AUGCUUGCUGAGAGGAAGAUCUUGGCGCAGCUCGUCAAGGCCGCCGGCGAUGGCAGGGACGCGGUCGAUGGGCGGCGGAUUCAUGCGCGCGUCUUGCGCAGGGAGCUCGGCCGCGAUCGAUUCCUCCAGAAUCUCCUGGUGGAGAUGUAUGGCAAAUGCGGGCGAUUGGAGGAAGCCCUGGCGGUGUUCGAGGGCAUCGAUCAGCCAAACAUCUUCUCCUGGAACAUCAUGCUCCAGGCGAUGGCGCACAGCGAGGAUGUGGAGGCCACGGUAGGGUUCUUCGAGCUCAUGCCCGUCCGGGACGCUGUUUCUUGGAAUGCGAUGCUCAAGAAGCAGUGCUGCUGCCACGAGGAUGGAAGAGGGGAAUCGAUCCAGGCGCGGGAUUUCUUCCAGCGGAUGCCGCAUCACGGCAUCGUCGCGGCCACCGCGAUGAUCGCAGCGCUUGGCCACGAUCGCCAGGUCUCCCAGGCGCAGGAGAUUUUCGACGCGAUGCCUGCCCAGGACGUGGUUUCUUGGACCGCGAUGACGACGGCGCUGGCGGCGACCGGAGAUCUAGACCGCGCGAGGGGGAUGUUCGAUCGGAUGCCGGAGAGGAACGAGGUGACUUGGAAGGCAUCGAUCCAGGCGCUCGCGGAGAGGCGAUUCCUCCCCCAGGCCAGGGAGAUGUUCCAGCGAAUGCCGGCGCACGAUUCUUUCGCGUGUAACGCGAUGAUCCAGGCGUACGUCGAGAGCGGCGAUCUGGAGAGCGCCCGCGAGACAUUCUCGUCAAUGGAGGAGAAGAACGCCGUGGCGUGGAAUUUGCUCAUCGUUACGCAUGCCUCGAAUGGGUAUGUGGAAGAGGCCGUGAAUUUCCUCCAUAGCACUCCACACGAGGACGUGAUGCCGUGGAACGCAACACUCCAAUCGCUAGCGCACAGAGGCAUGCUGGGAGAGGCGAGGAAGAUCUUCGCUACUAUGCCACAGCGAAACUUUGUUUCGUGGUCACUGAUGAUCGCUGCAAAUGCCGAGGCCGGGGAUCUAGAAGCCGCGAGGGAUUUGUACGAGCGAUCGCCAACGCCGCGAGACAUGAUCGUCUCAACGGCGAUGCUCUCGGGGUAUGCUCGAAACGGCUGCCUGGAUCGAGCGGGGAGCUUGUUCGACGAGAUGGAGAGCUGGGACGUUGUCGCGAUCACGACCAUGAUCACGGCAUACGCGAACCAUGGUGUUCUUGGCGAGGCCUGGGAUUUGUUCCGGAGGAUGCCGCAGAGAGAUCGCGUGACUUGGAACACUAUGAUCGCGGCCUACACUCACAACUCUCGGGCCAGAGAAGCGAGAGUUUUGCUCGAGAGGAUGCCGAGAUGGAGCUCGGUUUCGUGGAACACGGUUCUCUCCGGUUACGCGUACGCUGGUCUCUUGGCCGAGGCAACCAAGUUGGCGAUCGAGAUGCCGCAGAGGGACGUGGUUUCCUUCACGAUCAUGCUCGCGGCGAGUGCUCUAGCCGGAGAGCUCGCUCAGGCCAAGAAGAUCUUCGACGCGAUGCCACAGCGAGACGCAGCGUCCUGGCACACAAUGCUCGUCGUCUACGCGCAGCACGGCCGCCUCACGGACGCUCGCUCGAUCUUCGAGGAGAUGCCGCAGCGAGACGUGGUGUCCUGGACGGCGCUGGUGGCGUCCAACGCUCGCCACGGCCGCUGUGAGGACGCGAGGCGCUUGUUCCAGCUCAUGGAGCUCGAGGGAGAGCUCCCGGACGAGGUGAGCUUCACCGGUAUCCUGAGCGCCUGCUGCCACACCGGAUCGCUGGACGACUGCUGGAGUUUCUUCCGGGCGAUGGUGGGCGACUACAGCAUCCGGCCGCUCCAGGAGCACUUCUCGUGCUUGGCGGACGCGCUGGGCCGCGCCGGGAGGCUGGCGGAAGCUCGGGAAGUGGUGGAGAGAAUGCCAUUCUCGCGGGAUACAGCCACCGAGACGAGCUUGCUGAGCGCCAACCGGAUCCAUGGCGAGGUGAGCGAGGAGGAUAUCACAGUGGACGAUCGUGGCGGUGCCUGUGCAGCGCUGAUUUCCAACGCUUUGGCUGCCGCUGGGAGGAGGGAGGAUCCAAGAGCUCGCGCGAGCAACGCUGGGUUGAGGCCUGGGCGGAGCUGCGUUUUUGCUGCGUGA